UUGUGCGUUUUCAUAAACUCAAAUGUUGGCAAUAUAAAUAAAUCGAUAACAAAGGGGGUGGAGGAGCGAGUACUCUAACCUAAAAGAUAUCGAAGCGAGUAGCUGUCAUGGCACGGCGAAGCAGCGUUCGUUCUGUUUACUGGAAAUUGUUCUAAUAAAUUAAUUAUUGAACUUUCCAAGAUGUCAUCACUUUACGUGUGUAGAAAUGGUUUAGACGGGUCGACCAGUAUGAAAUCAAACAAUACUCAACCUGUCAUGGACAAGGCCAAGGAAUGGCAAAUGGAACUCCUUAUGGAGAAGCUCCGUUCUAAAGCUGGACAGUACAAAACUUUUGGAGAAAGUGCUAAAAUGUUACGGAUGGCAGUAUUGGAAAAGAGGUACCCUGUUGAUGGUGUUGAAAAAGUUCAACUGCAAAAAUGUUUAGAUACUUUACAAAGUUCCAUCCGGGUCACUACCUUAAGUGGUAUGGUAGAGCGUUUGGAAAGUGUUUCAAGGCAACUAGGUCUUAAGUUUACUACAAGUGGUGGAAUUGGAUUAGAAGCAUUUAUAUCUUCAGACAUGUUUUAUGUUGAAGUUGUUUUAGAACCUUCAGGGGGUGUGAAGGAUGUUUCAAUUCAUCAUGAAGGAAAGGAUAAGGAACAGAGCUGUGAAGAGUUAGUAAAUUGCCUUCAGCAACAAGAUUUCACUGACUUUGUCACUCAACUAGAAGGUCUAGCAAGUAUUUACCAGUUAAAUGCUGAAAAGGCUGUGAAAUGUAAUGCCCUCAGUGCAUUACAAUCUUUGGAGGCCGACCUCACAACACUGUCCUCACUCCAAUCUUUCGAUGCUCAAGCUAUGUUGUGUAAAUCUCCCGUUGGCAUUCUUCUCAAGAGACGUGGUGGACAUGCAAUGAGACUGACAUAUUGGGUGUCCCCAUAUGAUUUAUUAGACCAGAAAACAAUGUCUGAGGUUGAUAUGACAGUCGAGCAAGUAAACAAACGAAACUUAGGCUACAGUGUAACAGUUUGCAUGGAGGCAUCAACUGCUCAUAAGUUACAGAUUGCACCCUUGAUCACAACUCAAAGAGGGGCAAAUGGCACAAUCAUUCCAGUGUAUAGUUCUCUCCAGGCACAAAACAGUGCUACUCUACCAGCAUGUUAUGCACUGCGGCUUCAUGAACCCUUACCAUUGUGUGUCGCCCUUGCUCGACGAAUUCAACAUGUAACUGAUAUGGAAUGUGGGGAUUUGUCUACCCCCCAUCCUCUUUUGUCACUUAUUACGCAGCAUGCUUCUCGGGGACAGUUAGAUUGUGCCAACAACAAUGGACUCUAUGUGAAUUUGCCAGAUCAGACGCACUGUUAUCGAAUGACUGAAACAAAGGGGCUUGAGGCAGUGAUGAUCACAAGUAUACCUUUCACACAUCCCAAACAAGUUCCCCAUAUAUUAGGAUUGCUACGUCAACAGGCUGUCUUUAAUUCUCUCAUAUCAAGUUGCAUUCGUAAUACUGUCAGCAGUCGACAUGAUUAUGAUGUUACUUUGCUGGAAGUGACGGCUCUAUCUUGGCAACACCUUUCAGUUUCUCUUGAACAUCCCCAAGAGGAAAGCAUGACAACUGUAGAGUUUGAUCUAUCAGAUCCUACCAGUGUUAAAUGUAAUUUGUUUGGUGCGGGAUCAUCACCAGGUCAGAUUGUAACUGCUGAGUUUGCUGCCAAAGUUGUUCAAAGGUGUAUGUCAAUUCCUGUCACAAUGAGAAGUCUCAUGAAACGUUGGCAAAGUCAGAGCUCGUCAAAAAACGGAAUUUCUAAUGGAAAUGGAAAUUUUAAUUUACCACUAGGUAGUGGUGGUGGGGGUAAUGGGGGAGGAGGCCACCAUGAUGACUCAAGCAGACAUGGAAUGUCUGAAUUUAGUAACAUGAGGGAUCCACACAUCAAAAUGGAACCUCAUGAUAGCAGCUCAAAUGACAUGGGUGACUCAGCAAGUGGUUUCCCUUCUUUUCAUAGCCCAUUAUUGGGGGACUUGACAAAUGCAUCUUCAAUGAACUCUUUUCCUGGUAGUUCAUCAAUGAUAAAUCAGUCCAAGGAACCAGUUGUGAUCAAUUUAAUGAGCGAAGCUGUGCCAAAGAAAAAAAAUCGAAAGCGCAAAGUAAUGGAAAGUCUUUGGCGUAGUCCCAAACAUAAGGGUGAUGAGUGUGAAAUAAUUGUAGAAAGCUCAAGUAAUGAAUCAACGCCACACGGAACUCCCACCUCCAGAGAUGCACCAGCGGAUUUUCGGAUUCCGACCCCUACCUCUAUUGAUUACCCUCACUUAAUGGAGGAAGGGAAGCCUGAUCCGACUUCAGCCGAUAAAGGACAUUCAGAUCUAGAGGGUAUAUCUGAUGAUGUGAUGGAAAUUCAAGAAAUGGACAGUGUGGAAGAAAUGUUAAAGGCAGUAAAUGCUCGUAAAAUCAAAAAACCAAGAGAGGAAAGGAAAUCCCCUUCAGGAAUAAUGCUUGAUAUUGAUGGCAAGAGUAUGGUACCACCAUCUGUAAGCAUAACACCCAUCAAUUCUUCUUCCAGCUUAUCUUCAAGUUUAAACUCUGUUUUGUCUGGUAUGGGGCUUGAACGCAGACCUGGAAUAGAGAUUAUUCCUAUUGGCUCAACACCUCCAGCAUCUCUUCCCAGUACAAUUACUAUCACCCCAAUUCCACCAUCAAAAAACUUGAUGGAUGAUAGAUCUCGGGACAGGAAAAGUAGAGACAAAGCAAGGUCUGAAGAAGAAGAGAAACGACUAGAAAAGAAAAGGAAGCGGAAAAGAGAGGACAGCCCUAUGGGUCCUCCGGAUAAACUUCCUCCCAAGCAGGAUCCUCUCUCUAAGCCAGUUUCUGUGAGCAUAAAGCCGACAGACAGUCCUCCUAUGUCCAUGUCAAGACCCUCCUCUCCAGCAGGAACUUUACGAAAGUUUAGCACAUCUCCUACACAUACCAGCCCUCUUGUUCUAAUGAGCAAAUCUGCUUCAAGUCCUGGAGGAAUGAGCAAAUCUUCUAAGCCUUCUCCGCAACAGAGCCCCAAACAUUCGCCUGCUUAUUCUACAAAUUCUCCCAAACACAACCCCAUCCCCUCCAGUGUAAGCCCUAAACAUCAUGGCACCUCAUCUCCCAAGCAUACGACUGGAAGCUCAGGAAAGCCAAGCAUGUCAACUUUGAAGUCAGCAGCAAGCUCUCCCUCAUCUGGUAAAACAAGCACUUCAGACCCAAUGAAAGUGAAACCACCAUCUUCAAGCAAGGACAGCAGCAGCAAUAGGGACAAAGAUCGGAGUAGGAUGUCUUCAUCAAUGUCAUCUUCGGUCAGUAGUGGUAGUAGUAGUAGUGGGGGAUCAGGUGGUGUAAACAGCAGCAGUGGUGGGGGUGGGGGAAGUGGUAGUAGCUCUAGUGUCUCCAGUUCAGGACAUCAAAGUCCAAAGUUAAAGUCAUCAAGUAUCAAGAAACAACCUGACUUUUCUAUUGGUAGCGACACUACAGUUACACCAAUUCCUCCACCCCCACCCCAAGCUAUUAGUGGUCCAUCUACUUCACCAUCAUCAUCACAAGACUGUAAGCAGUCUACAUCAUCUGCCUUGCCCCAAAUUCGGAACAGGAAGAACUCUCUUUCUGCUAUAGUGGAUAAACUCCACACAUCGAAAUCACAGCAUACAACGUGUGAUGAUAUAGCUGUGACAGUGACAAGUGGUGGUAUAAGUACCAGUAUUAGUAGUGCAAGCUCAGCAGGAUUAGUGAGCUGUGACACUAUUAGUAGUGCUGGUAAUGGCAGCCGCGAUCGCAUUCCGACUCCAACUAAAGGAACAGAAAUGAAAAGUGCUAGCAGUACUGGUAAACCUGGAGAUCCUGGAAAAAACCCUGGCGAAUACAUGGUAAAACCAGGAUCUGAAGGAAUUAAGCUUACCAUCAACAAAACUAGAGCGAAAGAGCCUUCUUCCAAAUCGUCAUCAUCUUCAUCCUCGUCUUCAGGCAUCCCAUCAUCAUCAGGGGUAGUUAAGUCGUCAUCCCAGUGCGGUUCAGGCUCUCCAAAACUUCAUACUGGUCACACUGGUCUUAAACCAGGAGUUAACAGUGGUCCAGCCUCUAAAAAACCUCAAAGUUCUUCAUCCUCGUCUUCCUCAUCACCUGGCCUUCCAAAACUGCAAUCAAGUAGUAGUGGUGGUGGUGGUGGUAGUAGUGGUGGGAGCAGCAGUAGCAGUAGUAAUAGUGGAAAUUCAUCCUCAAACUCUGGCCUUAAAACAUCAUCCACUCCUUCAUCAAAGGUACCUUCCUCAUCUGUCAGCUCAUCGUCAUCUUCGUCUCUUUCUAAGAGUAGUUCAAGUAGCACAUCAAAAUCUAUCUCUAAAUCAAGCUCUCCAAAAUUGGGAUCUUCAAGCUCAAGCUCUGAUUCAAAUCGUAUAAGAGAUAGUAGUAAACCACGUCCUCCCAAGAGCAGCAGCAGCAGUACUAGUAGUAGUGGUGGUGGCGGCGGCGGCGGUGGCGGUGGCGGCGGCAGCAACAGCGGCAGUACCAGCAGUAGUAGUAGUGACAAAUCCAUAUUUAGUAGUAGCAAGGAAUCAAGGAAAUCUAGUCCUGCUCCACCACGGGAUGAGGACAGUGAGCGAACAUUUAAGGCUAUCACAGGUCUGGAAAGUUUCGGUAAACAACUUGAUACUAAGUUCCAAAUUCCCAAAUUAUCUCAUCGGUCUACUAACCCAGAUUUGGAUCAGAGCAAAAAGACGACUCCUGAGAAAUCUGAAAUACUUUCAGGCAACAGGAAUAUUGAAUCAAACAAAGCUUUGGAUCUAGUUAAACCAGAAGCUAAAUAUAGUACAAGCUCACCCAUUCCAUCUACAUCGCCCUCGUUACCAUCAUCUAGUUUGUCUACUGGAAUUACUGUUGUUCCCUCUUCCAAAACAGAUGAGAAGCCAAGCAGUAGUCUGACAGAACCCAAAGCUUCCAAAGUGCCUUCUACCAUUUCUUCAAGUCACUCAUCAUCCCCAAGCCCACGCUUGACUCCUUCCCCCCUCCCAAAACUGGAUAGUAAAACUCCCACUGAUGGUUCACCUAUACCUGGUCUCACCAUAACUCCUAUUGGAAGCAUUGCAAGUAUUGGUGCAGGAGGUAGCUCCAGUAAUGACUCAAUGGACCUCUCAAUUGAUUUGAGUCGCACCCCUUUGGAAACUAAAAGUAAUAAAAAUGAUAUUCAGCGUGGUUCUGUGUCCAUUGUUCCUUCAUCAUCCAAGGAUGAUUUGGGAAUUAGAUCGGGCAGUCCUUGUGACAGUAUUUUGAAAUCUGAUAAGCCAAGAGAUUUUUCCAUGGUGGUAGAUGAUGCCAAAAAACUUGUUCUGGAAACUGCCCUAGCAAGAAUGGAAGAGUCUCGCUCAACACCACCAACUGGGGCGUCACAAGACCCUACAGAUGUUUUGUUGGACUUUUCUGGUGCAAAAGUACCACCACCAGAGCCCUCUGUCAGAAAGAUGACAGUCACUGAGCGUGUAAUGGCAGCUUUGCCUUCAAGAAGGAACACCACUCCUCCACCCCCUAUGUUUCCAGCCUCUCCAUCCCUUACAAUGCAUAUUGUGAAAUCCCCUUCAUCAUUGAUGGGCCCUUCACCCCAGUCAGGUUCUCCUUGUAUAACAGAUGAUGAUCUAAUGGAUGAAGCAUUGGUAGGCAUGGGGAAGUAAAGACCCAUAUUAUGGACUGUAAACUGGAUAUAUAUAUUAUAUAAAUAUUUUUUCUAAACCUGAUGUUUUGUUAAUUUUGUAAAUUGAGAGAAACUGGAUCUCUAUAACAAACUCUAGUAUACUUCUUUUGUUAAGUGUGUGUUUAUUGAAUGAAGAGACAAGUGUUUCACCUGAUCUCGCUGUUACUGCUUUCCACUAUACUGUAUGUUAAUUGUUAA